ACGGAGAUGGAGCGAUUGCAUGAAUGUACUGCACGACUUGGAAGGUACUGCUAAGUAAGUAAGCCGAAAGAGAAGAUUCCAGACAUCCUCUACCAAAGAGACAUAAAAAACCGAUUGAGGGCACGAAAACAAUACAUUCAACCAAAAGCAACCAACAAGCUAACAUCUCGAAAAUAAGAAGACGACGACGAGGAAAAACACCCCCACCAAAUUUCAAAGACCAACAAUUCAACGUGAAUUCAAAGAGAAACUAUCUGACAAGUGAACAAAGCCAUUAUCCUCAUUCAAUACAUUUGGAAAUUAUGAAAUGAGCACCUCACAGAAACUCUCAAUGUUCGUGCAGCUUUGGGCUUUCUCCCUGUAGAAAAGACGGCCAAGAAGGAAGACAUAACACACACACAUCUGUCAGACAAGUGUUAGUGAUAUCAACCACCACUCAAAGCAUCCAGUAAGAAAAGAAAUUACCGCCCUCAUCUCGUAAAGGGACAUACACAAAGAACUACAGUUACAUCGUACGUAGUUCCCUCAAAUCCUAUUGAGCACUUUUUGAGCGAGGGACACAAGUCACAUACACACUCACGUGGAAAACUAGGACGUGGAGAGAAACUCAGUCCUGAUUUGAACUCGAUUGAAGGAACAAGCAUCGUUCAAAACUCAUUGAAACUAUGAUCUCAACCAACUACCCAAAGGUCGCCUCGAUUCUUCUCCUGCUCAUUGCUGAGUCUUGGGGAAGUCUCACCAUCGAUCACUUAUCUACCCCAGAGGUCACAAACGAAGUCUUCGAUAUCACGCAAGAUGCCAAAGACACAGACAUUCAUCACAUCCAUCCAAUUGAGACUGAACCUCAGCCUCCAAAGGAAGUGAUCCAACCCGUUCAAGAAAACGAUCUGGAAAAGCUUGAAAACCAGACCACAGUCAGAGACAAAAAGACAUCAUAUUUUUACUAUUUCAUUCAGCCCUUCUACAAAUUACUCUUCAACAAAAGUGACGAUGAAGCGGUGGAGGCACUUAAACCUGUUAAACGUUUCCAUCGUAAUCGUCGUCAUCCUCAAGAUGUUUCCUCCCCCACUCGAUUUCAAGAGACCCACAGGGCCGGAAAGCUCAAUCAGGAUCAUUUCCCUCGCUCCAGAAGGCCUUAUUUGAACUCAAGGCGAGGUCAAAUGAACCCACAAAAAAUGUCCAGACGAAUUGGUCUUCCAGCUCAAGAUUCCCUACCCCGAACCAACUCGAAGCGUAGAUACUUUCCCGAGUCGAGAAACUACCAACGGAAUUUGAGACGAGGUCCCAAGAUAGCUCAAAGGAAGCUCGAUGAUCUGUAUCCCGCCUACGACGAUCUGUUGACUUCGGACUUGGAACCUCUGGAACCUCUGACGAGACCGCGAAGGCAAAGGCCAGCGCCAGUGGCCAUUUUUGAUAGCGACACCUUGUCAGACACCAAUAAUGUGAAUUCUGUCUAUUAUCGACAGAAUGCUCGAGCUUCUGAGGACCCUGAUGUUUACGACGAUCUCUCAGCCUCCAUGAACGAUAUCGUGAACCAAGAGCAUACUUAUAGGCCGAAUCCCAGACCGAACAUGAAUUGCAUGUGCCGAUGUGAUUGUUGCUCAUGUUGUCCGUGUGAAAAGGAUUCCCUCAACUUGAUGUACGUUGAAAAGUAACCAUUUGUCAAAAAACACUGUUGUUAAAUCUUAUGCCAUUAUUAUUAUCAUUAUCAUUGAUGCUGAUAUUUUACAGCCAUGUUUCUAAAUAUGAACCUAAUCUUAACUGCCAUGUGAAACGAGUGCCAAAUAAAGACAGAAACGAACCAGUUAUAUGCAACAACGUA